GUUGAUCCUAUUCGGGCAGUUAAACCCCAGCAUCUCUUCUCGUCAAGUGCCGCCUUACCGCCAUUUCGCCUUUCAGAUCAGACUGUCCCCAGUGGUGUGAACAGAAGCAGCUUCUUUGACAAGAGCCGCAGAAAAGACACUCGAAAAUUAGAGAAGAAAUGCAAGGCCUUCAACGAUAUUUCCAAAUACUUCUCUAAGAAAGAGUGGGCAAAGCUAAAUUACUCAGAGAAAACCACCUACGCAUAUAUGAAGAGAAACUACGACACCAUGACUAGUCUAGGCCUCCAAACUACCGUGCCGGAUUUCAUGAGUUCCAGUGAGCAGACCCAAAUUCCCCAGGAGAAGAAUUCUGAUGAAGAUCAGAACCUGGGUAGUCAGGAUGAAACUUCUCAGGAGGCUUCUGGAGUGACACAACCGGAGAUGACACUUGAGAAUCCAACAAUGGAAGAAAAUGAUUUGAAGGCAGUGCCAGAAACAUCUGGCUCCGAAAAUACUGAGGAGGAGUUGUCCGCCCCGGAAAAAGAAAGUACCUCUGAGCUGCAGAAUGCAAAACCAUCAGGGCCCGAGGAAAAGGAGAAGAGUAUCUGGGCCCACAGGUUGAGGGAGAGAAAGAAUCCAGUAGUGUAUGAAGAGAUCAGUGACCCCGAAGAAGAGGACUAACUCCGUGUGUGACAUGCCCGUGAUGAGAAGAAAAACCUGGUGGCCUUUCACACAUACACACGGGCAUGACUAUCAACUCCUGGCUACCAGAUAUACAGCAAGUGAAGAGUUCAUAACACUGAAAUAUUAAGCAUUAGUUCUCUCCUUAUGUUAGAUGUUAGUUAGAUAUUAGUGUUUCAUUGAUGAGCAAGAUAUAUGUCUAACGCAUAUUUCUGCCUGUAUCCAUGCACCUGCCUCAGAAAAUAAAUAUUGUCAGAUAUUCUCUGCACAGAACAGCACUAUCCACUCCUCCGUAUGUCAUCACCAAUGGCAGUUCUGGGUGUUUAAGAGCAUCUACCACCUGCUUUUCCCCAUUACCAAUAUGUCCCAGAAAAAAUCCUGCUUGUUCUGUUGCCUUUCAAUAUAUGUUUCAUGCUGACAAACUAUACCAUUCUAUUAACAUGCAUUAGU